UACUCUGCUUCUCUUCUGCAGAAGACUGAUAUUUGUGUUCCUAUAGCAUGUUGUAAAAUGCAUGAGAUUUUGCUCCUCUUCCUUGGAAAUGAGAAUAGGAAAAUGAGAGCAUCCUGAACCAGAAGCUAAUAGAAGAGCAUGCAGAGACCUGCAGCGAUUUAUGCUUUAUUUUGUCUUCCUAGCUAUGGAUUAGAAGGACUGAUUUUUGCAAUGGGCUUUUUCCAUAAUGGCAUUCUUGUAUUGUUUGGUCAGAGCUUGCACAGGAGGAAAACAGGCUGCUGAAUUUAGUCACUGAUCUCUAUUAGCCGUGGCCUAAGGCUAUGCUGAGAUUUAUAUCCCAUUUGUAUUGUUGCAGCUCAAAAGAAGAAUGUUCAGAGGAUGACAAGUGUAUUCUGAGUAGUACCGUGGUGACAACAUGCCAUUGAAAUGGAAAACGAGCUCUCCUGCUAUCUGGAAAUUCCCAGUUCCUGUGCUUAAAACAUCCAGGUCAUCGCCACUUUCUCCAGCAUACAUAUCUCUGGUGGAAGAGGAGGAUCCUCAUAUGAAAGUAUCUCUUGGUAGCAGCGAUAUGGGCGUUUCUGCCCACCUACAGUCUUCUAAGACAGGGACCACAAGAUUUUUCACCAGCAAUACUCACAGUUCUGUGGUAUUACAGGGUUUUGACCAGCUGCGAGUGGAAGGUUUGCUUUGUGAUGUGACACUUGUUCCAGGAGAUGGUGACGAAGUGUUUCCAGUUCAUAGAGCAAUGAUGGCUUCAGCAAGUGAUUACUUCAAGGCCAUGUUCACAGGAGGAAUGAAGGAACAGGAUCUGAUGUGCAUUAAGCUUCAUGGUGUCAACAAAAUAGGCCUAAAAAAGAUCAUUGAUUUCAUUUAUACUGCAAAACUUUCCCUUAACAUGGACAACCUUCAGGACACUCUGGAAGCUGCCAGUUUUUUGCAGAUUUUACCUGUUUUGGACUUCUGCAAAGUGUUCCUUAUCUCUGGGGUUUCGUUGGAAAACUGUGUUGAGGUUGGGCGAAUUGCCAACACCUACAACCUCACGGAAGUGGAUAAAUACGUUAAUAAUUUCAUCCUGAAGAACUUCCCUGCAUUAUUAAGUACUGGUGAAUUUGUGAAACUCCCCUUUGAACGUCUUGCCUUUGUGCUUUCAAGUAAUAGCCUUAAGCACUGCACUGAACUUGAACUCUUCAAGGCGGCUUGUCGCUGGCUGCGGUAUGAGGAGCCGCGGAUGGAGUACGCUGCAAAGCUCAUGAAGAACAUCAGGUUUCCACUGAUGACGCCCCAGGAUCUUAUUAACUACGUUCAGACAGUGGACUUCAUGAGAACUGACAACACCUGUGUGAACUUGCUUUUGGAAGCCAGCAACUACCAAAUGAUGCCAUACAUGCAACCGGUUAUGCAGUCGGAGAGGACUGCCAUUCGGUCGGACAGUACCCACUUGGUGACCUUGGGCGGAGUGCUGAGGCAGCAGCUGGUUGUCAGCAAGGAGUUACGGAUGUACGACGAGAAGGCCCACGAGUGGAAGUCCUUGGCUCCCAUGGAUGCACCAAGAUACCAGCACGGCAUCGCCGUGAUCGGAAACUUCCUGUACGUAGUGGGAGGGCAGAGCAAUUAUGACACGAAGGGAAAGACGGCGGUGGACACGGUCUUCAGGUUCGAUCCUCGCUACAACAAGUGGAUGCAAGUGGCAUCUUUGAACGAGAAGCGCACCUUCUUCCACCUAAGUGCCCUCAAAGGACAUUUGUAUGCAGUCGGUGGCCGGAACGCAGCGGGUGAGCUAGCUACAGUGGAAUGUUACAAUCCCAGGAUGAAUGAAUGGAGCUACGUCGCAAAAAUGAACGAGCCCCACUAUGGUCAUGCUGGAACUGUGUAUGGGGGAUUAAUGUAUAUUUCAGGGGGAAUUACCCACGAUACUUUCCAAAAGGAACUUAUGUGUUUUGACCCUGACACAGACAAAUGGACUCAGAAAGCUCCAAUGACCACAGUCAGAGGUCUGCACUGCAUGUGUACUGUAGGAGACAAGCUCUAUGUGAUUGGUGGAAACCACUUUAGAGGAACGAGUGAUUAUGAUGAUGUUCUAAGCUGUGAAUAUUACUCACCAACUCUAGACCAGUGGACUCCAAUUGCUGCCAUGUUACGUGGGCAAAGUGAUGUUGGGGUUGCUGUCUUUGAAAAUAAAAUCUAUGUUGUUGGAGGAUAUUCUUGGAAUAAUCGAUGUAUGGUGGAAAUAGUUCAGAAAUAUGAUCCAGAGAAAGAUGAGUGGCAUAAAGUGUUUGACCUCCCAGAAUCCCUUGGUGGCAUUCGAGCCUGCACUCUUACUGUUUUCCCACCAGAGGACAACACAGGGUCACCAUCUAGAGAAUCUCCUCUUUCAGCACCUUAGGAACAUCCCGGGACUUACGAUGUUGUAGUAACACCUCUGAUCUGCAUCAUGGAGUCUAAUAUUUUUUCUUCAGUAGUUCCUGUUAGGCUUAGCCUACAGCAUUUCCUACAAUUACUGGAAAAGAAAAAAGACUUUGACAUUAUUUGUGCUGUUUGUUUGGCCUAGAAUGUUUGUCAAGUGGUUAACAAAAAAAGAUGUUCUCGCCCGAGCCAAAUGUUGAACCAAUGAGAAGUUAUUGUCCAUAAAAUGUAUGACCUAGGUACGUUAUUCAUGUUGUGUAUUGGGUGUGAGGUACCUGAUAGUUUACAUUUGGAAGCCAAAUGAUUCAAAUUUGAAGGCUUUGUAUUGAACAUGUUCUUACCCUAAAUUUCAUAGUUGAAAUCCUUUUUCCUUCCAUUUCUGACUGCAGGUUCCAAGGGGAGGUAGAUCACACCAGUGUGAACUAUGACAGAAGGUUGCCAAGGGGCCUGAGCUACCUCCCUCUUUCCAGAGUAUUUUUGACAUAUCUGUUUAACCACCUGACUUUGUGGGUACUUUCAGAGCAUGUGAAGUUUCUUAGGCAGAGGGGAGAAAUAAAAGAAUUUUAAAAUCUUACCACUAUCCAGGAAGUGGAUCUUGUAGAGGCAGGGAGGUUUUUUUAUGACAUAUUUCAAGUGUGUUACCUGGGUCGGUUGAGUGAUGCUUCAAACAAAUGAUUUAAAGUGUUUGGGGUUUUUAAUUUGGGUUUUUUCAGGAACUGGCUUCCACUUGCGUGGGAGCACACACAAUUAAUGGGAAUUCAGUGCAGUUGUAUAUUCUGGUGGAUGCCUGUACUGAAUAUAGGUAGAUAAGGGCUAGAAACAUUAAUAUAAGCCACUGAAUUUGACCAAAUCCGUUCCAUCAGUUCAAAUUUAAUCUACCUUUUCUCCUUUGCUGUUGAGGUAACUUGCAUAAUGUGUCCUCUGUAUAGUCUCAGUUAAUAAGGUUAUUUAGCACAAAGUGCAGCUUCAGCAGAGAGCUGCUUUUGCUCAGUGAACUUGGACUACCACAUUUUAUCUUCUUUUGUUCAAUAAAACUUUUAACUGCGUUA